GCCUCGGGAGGGGCUCUGCAGGAGCGCGCUGGCCACGCCGUGCCCGGCUGAGUACUCAGGGCUGCCAUAAAAUAACCCGAAACUGUAAUGGUCUUUAACUAGUGUUUCCCGAACUUCAGGAGUGGACGGAUGAAUUCCAAAAUGAAACAGAAGCUGGCUGCAGAAAAGUCCUCAGGAUCUUUGCAGAAAUACUUCACAGAUACCACAUGCAGUGCUGCCCCAAGACAGACUCUUAAAAUGAUUCAGCCUUCAGCAGCAGGUAGCCUGGUUGGCAGACGUAAUGAGAAGAAAUCUUCAGCCAGAAGGAAACUCUGGAAUAACAAGUUUGCCUCAAAGGCUUGUAAAGCUGAGGUGUCUGUGGACAAGGAGCAAGAGAAUGAUGUCGUUCAAGCUGAAGAUCUCAUGAACGGAAGUCCUUCAUCUCAGUAUUGGAAAGAAGUGGCUGAAGAAAGGAGGAAAGCUUUGUAUGAAGUACUUCAAGAGAAUGAAAAGUUGCACAAAGAAAUUGAGCAGAAGGAUGGUGAAAUUGCCCGCCUAAAAGAAGAAAAUGAAGAGCUCAUGUCCCUUGCUGAGCACGUGCAUUAUAUGACCAGCGUGAUUGAGAGGCUAACUGGACAAGCACCUGACAGUCUUGAGACACUGGAGAGUCUGGCUCUAGAGGAAUCCAGACAGGAAAAUGAAGAGCAUAACUGUGGAAAUGAGGCAGACAACCCUUCUGAAGAAGAGCCACCACAAGUAUUGUCUGGCUUAAGGGAGAGUAGGUCAGAUGUUCCUUCAGAGGAAGCAAGCCAUUUGCAACUGGAAUGACAACCUCUAAAUAGGCUUAUGUAUGUGGCUUUUAAUUGCAGACUUCCUCUUCAAAGGAUAUAUUAAACCUCAGGUAUAGAAACUCUUGUGGGAACAUUACAGAUGUUGGCAUUUUUAACUGGAAUUAUGUAACAGUGGGAGGAGUAUCUGAAUAUUGCAUGGAAAAUUUACUACAGGCUGUAUGUAGUCACUUGUAUGAAACACAAAUACUGUGUAUUUCAACUGUUGUGUAAAUAUUUUUCUUAUCAGUUGUCUGACAUGAUACAUAAAAAUUGCUAAAUAAAUCUUUGCAUUACCAAAA